AUGAGGGUCCUUUUCCGCCGAACCCUCAGAGAGCCAGAGACGCUUCAAGCUGCCUAUUUGUCUGUCCAGGCAAACUCUCAAUGGUUCCGUUCUCUACCGCCCAAAGUCCAGCAGACGCAUUUUAGCACCGAGGAACGAGCGUGCUUUGGCAGCUGGCCGUCGAGUGUCAUCCUGGACGCCGCAGACCAGGCUUUAUAUAAACUUGGUCAUCAAGCAAGAGCAUCAUUGGAUUCCAUAUCGUCAAUGCCGAGUGUGACCACUUCCUCCUCAAUCACCCUGACCCCGUCGCUUCACUGCUCCGACUCUGCGAUCGAUAUGGAUGAUUCCAUGUAUGACAGCUUCCGAUGGCUGGACGAGGACGACGACCUCGAUCUCCGACUCGACUAUCAUGCUCACAUCGCACCGUCGCCGAAGGUUCAACCGUAUCGGGGCCAUCAAUCGUCUUUCAGACGCACGUUUUCGUUGAAGGCGACACAACGGAGUCGCCCUUCUACAGCAGCCAUGAUCCCCCAAACCAGUCAAUCCUGCACAGUUCCACCUCCUCCACUUGUUCUCCCUCCACAGAAACAUCGUCGCUCAUUAUCUCGUCCGCAACCACCGCCAAGACACAUAUCACAAACAUCCGUAACGUCGAUCGAUCACCCCGCACAGUAUUAUCAAGAUCCCGAGGCAAGACUGAAAUUGCGGGUGUAUCUCGCAUCUCCCCAGAAGUUUGACGAGGCCAUUGAGUUUGGUUUUCCGUCACUGGAGCUGAAAGAAGGGUUCAAUGCUCGAUUAUCGAUGGAUCGCGAAUGGAAGCUCUACGACGACCGACGGACUUUCUUUGACAACGACAGCAAGUCUUGCCUGGGUGAAACGCAUAAUGACACGAGGAACACGCGAUCAGACGAGCGGAAUAUCAAUGACAGUCCCAACACAUCCCCCGACACGUCUACGACCGUACACGGCCCAUACGAGUCAAGGCCUUCCAAACAGCUUACCAGGCCUCGUCUCGUCCCCAUUGCGCAUAACAACGCGCAAAACAUGAUUGGAAGCAGGGAAAUGACGCUGAAAAUGACCUUGACGAGAGCUGACCUGCGUACGGCCGAACCCUCGGUUACCACUUCUCCUCGUGUUUCAGAAAACGAUGAUCCAUUACGGCUCGCGGACCUCCCUGCGCCGGACGAGGAGUUGCACAUCUGGGACACGCCGUCAGAGGAUAAGGGUGUUAUUAAAAAGAUUUUACGCAAAUUCAGAAAACGGCGCUGCUAA